UACUUUUUGAACUGGUCUCCUAUUGGGACUCUAACCCUAGACAACUUCCUCAGUUCCUGGUUACAGAGUUGUAGCUGGACAGGUAGAAAAGGCGAUGUUUUUGGAAAUAAAGUUGUGUUUCGCGGUUAAACUGGAGUAAACACCACACCAUGAGCUGGAUUCCAUUUAAGAUCGGGCAACCGAAGAAACAGAUUGUUUCAAAGACGGUUGAAAGAGACUUCGAGCGGGAAUAUGAGAAGCUCCAGAAGUUGGAAGACCAAACAAAGAAGCUGCAUAAAGACAUGAAGAAAAGCACAGAGGCUGAUAUAGCAAUGUCUAAAGCAGCUGUGAAGAUCGCUGCAGACCUGCUGAGUAACCCGCUGUGCGAGCAGGACCAAGCCUUCCUGGAGUCUAUGAUGUCUCUGGAUACAGCCAUGAAACGAAUGGAGGCAUUCAACCAAGAGAAGGUCAAUCAGAUUCAGAAGACGGUGAUUGAUCCUCUAAAAAAGUACAGUAGUGUGUUCCCCAGUCUGAACAUGGCAGUGAAGCGGAGAGAGCAGGCCUUGCAGGAUUAUAAGCGACUGCAGGCUAAAGUGGAGAAAUAUGAGGAGAAGGAGAAGACUGGACCCAUCAUGGUCAAACUCCAUCAGGCAAAGGAAGAGUUGAGGCCAGUCAGGGAGGAUUUCGAAGCCAAGAAUAAGCAACUGUUGGAAGAAAUGCCCAAAUUUUACAACAGCCGCAUCGACUACUUUCAGCCGAGCUUCGAGGCGCUUAUCCGAGCCCAGGUGGUGUACUUCACAGAGAUGCACAAGAUCUUCAGUGACCUGACAGAUCAGAUCGAUCAAGGCGGCCUGACAGACCAAGAGCGAGAACAGCAGAACGAGACCAAGCUCAACGAACUGCGUGCUCUGUCUAUCGUAGCAGAUGACUGAAGAAAAAGCAGAUCUCUCUUUGCCAGGUUUUUUUCCUUUAUUUGUUCCAUCAGAUUGUUUGUCGAUGAUCAGACGUCAGUGGUAUGGAUUACCGAACGGCAGUGUAGAUGUAAUAAAGAUGUAGAGAAUAUAACUUAUUUGUUUUUCGACCUCCAUUCUGAAGGUUGCUCUUCAUCAGUCUGUUUAUCUUUUUUAUCUUUUUGUGAUCUGGGUUAUGGUUAGAUUUCCAGUUUGUUUCAUGAUGAUGGUAAAAAAAAGAGGAAGCCUUCCUCAGGAAUAUACACUACGCUAUAUUAACUUAUACGAAGGGAGCUCAAUUUCUGAAAAGUGAAGGAUCUCACUGGUGAGUAGAACAUCACUGCAAUUGUGCUUGUUCUUUAGGUAUAAAUUGUAUUGAAUGUACAUAAAAGGCAAUACUUGACUAGAGCUUAUCAUUAGGAAUCAUGGUGUGUAUGUCAAAUGCGUGUAGCUCUGGCCUUUGGUCUGAGCACUAAACCCUGUCGUUUGCUCUAACGUCCCAGUCUGCGCACCAUCGCAGCAAUUCUACAGCUCUUUCUGAAUUAAAACAAAAAAAUCAUCUCUAAGUAAGCGAUAUCUAGUAAUUUAAUACUAGCAUGAAGUAUUUAUUUAUUGUUUAUUGAGUAUUUAAAUGGUGUCUGUAGUGAAUUAAAUUUGAGUGUCUGUCAUAUUAAAAUGUGUUACCCGGUACUGUAGCGCCCUCUACUGACCCAAACAAAACACUGAAUUUGCUCGUCUUUGUGUGUAGUGGUUGUAACAAAGUGUGUACUUUUUUGGCUACAGCCAUAGAAUUUCGGAUUUUGGAUGAUGUACGAUUGUAUGCGGGACCAACCGUUGAAGAAGCCACAGCUAUUUUCUUUCCUAAUGUUACUUCACAUCGUCGCCAAAGGAAUAAUGUUGAAUUUUGAAGAGUUUUGGUUCUUUGUGUUUUCAGUGCUUCAUCUCUGUCUUUAACAAUGCCUCCAUGUAAUUUCUGUUGAAAUAUGUGCCUUUAUAUUCAGGAUUUGGAUUCUGACUUGUGACUGUCCUGAUAUCUGAUCAUCUCUUACUGCAUUCAACUCUUUUUAAUUUGUUUACCUGCUAAAACAGGAGGUUUUUGUGUGUGUAUUUUAGGAGUUGCGUUUGCUUCUUUGAUUAUAAUUCUAUGUACGUUUUAAUUCUUAUCAUUUGUAUUGAUCACUUUUGUAUUUGUUUUGCAAAGUCGUACAAUAAAUUGGUUGUUGGUAAAAACCUGAAAUAGAA